GUUGAAAUCAAAGUCGGAAAGAUUGUAAAGGUAUGGAACCAUGAAGACGCUGACAAACUCUUUUGUGAGCAGAUUGAUCUGGGGGAGGAUACGGGCCCGCGCGAGAUUGCUUCCGGUCUUCGAGGAUUCUAUACAUUAGAAGAGAUGCAAGACCGCAUGGUUCUAGUUGUAUGCAACUUGAAAGGCCAGAAAAUGCUUGGCUUCAUGAGCAAUGGCAUGGUACUGGCAGCCAAAAGUGAGGACGGUGCAAUUGUCGAACUCGUAGCUCCACCGGAAGGGGCUCAAAUUGGUGAACGAGUUUUCGUUAGUGAAAUGACUGGUGAUCCUUUUAGCCCAGUCCAAGUCCGAAAGAAGAAGGUCUGGGAAAAUGUUUUGAAGAGUUUGAGAACUGUAGAGGGAGGAUUAUUAACUUGGGAGGGCAAGCCUAUUUUGACCUCAGCUGGACCAUGCAAAGCACCAUCGCUUGAAGGCGUAUUUGUAUCUUAG